AUGGACACAUACACGUUUGCAACGUCCCGUCAGAUAGACUUUCCGGUCUGUGUCAGGAUAAACAACUUAGAAGGCAAACAGAGCACCUUUCCAUACACAGUUCUGCUUAAACACCCGGAGAUACGGCAUGUUGGCUCAGUCCAGAACCCAAACUCGGAACUAUAUGUGACCGCUCAGCUAUGGGCCGAAUCAAAACCGCUGGGAGUGUCCAUGCAGACCCCUCAUCUGUUCUUCAAGAACAGCAGAGUGUGGAACAAAUGGCUGGAACUCCCUAUUUUGGUCAAGGACUGUCCUAUCUCAUCACAAGUCGCCAUCACAAUUUGGGACUUGUCGCCGUGCCCGGAGAAUGGCAGCCUCGACCAUGCCAUCCCGUUCGGUGGCACCACCAUCCCACUGUUCGACAAAGACGGCACUCUGAGGAAAGGGCGCCAAAAGUGCAAAGUCUAUCGGCGCAGGGCCGCUGAUGGACACGCACCAACAAAGACCCCACACAUUCCUCGCCCGAAGCGACGAAAACCGAACGAGUCGCCACCUCCCUCCAUUCCAGAAGAGGAGGAGCUCGAGAGGUUGGAGCAAUUGUUCAAGAAGCAUGAGAUGAACGAAAUUCCACAGAACGACUGGCUUGAUCAACUUGUCUUCCAGAAGGUGGGCAAGAAAGCACGUGAAGUCGACGAAGCAGCAAGGAAACGGUCUUCAAUCACGAAAGCCUCAAAGCGCAAAUCACCCAGUGCUAAUACCAACGAAGCGAACGGGCAUGUGGUUCACGACGAUGAGAGCGAGUCAGACCUUGACGCGGACGACGAAGAGCGUUUCACCCUCUAUGUGGACUUUCCGCGUUGGGACUUUCCAAUCAUCUUUGAGGACUAUGGUUAUGAGCCAUCAAGAAUAAUGAAGGAAUUCUCCAGUGCGAUGUCUGCCUCAGCACUCGGUGCAAAGCCUCCACCAGAGGUCCGCUACGGGCCCGGGAUUGCUCCCGGCACAUCUGUCGUGGACGACGAAGAAUACCCCGUCGUCCAAAUGUUCGACCCGGAGCAGUUCCAGAGGGAGAAUCCUUGUGAAAGUAAACACCGACGGCUGGUGCGAAGUGACAGGAACGCAUUCUCUGACAGCGAUCAGAAGCCGAAUGCAAAGAUGAGAGACGAACUAAAUGAGAUUCUGUCGUAUGGCCCCACGCAAGAGCUGAGUGCUCAAGACAAGGACGUCAUCUGGACUUUCCGCCGUCACUUGAGUCGAGAUAAACGAGCUCUGACCAAGGUUGUCAAAGCGACGGAUUUCACCAAUCCAAACGAAGUUCGUCAACUCGUUGAGUUGAUCCCUCGAUGGGCGAAGAUCGACGUUGAUGCAGCCCUCGAAUUGCUCGGCCCGACAUACGACAACCCUGUGGUACGAGCAUAUGCGGUGGACAGACUUCGACAGGCUGGAGACGCCGAGUUACAACUCUAUCUUCUCCAGCUCGUCCAGGCUCUGAAGUUUGAAAGGUACGAGCAGACCGAGGAAGGCCUCCCAGCUGCAUCAUUGGCGAAAUUCUUGAUCGAUCGUGCCGCCAACAACUUCCUGCUCGGCAACUACCUCCACUGGUUCCUGAUGGUCGAAUGUGUUGACCAGGGGACAGAGACCAACACAGCGAACCGACAGCUCUUCGCGAGAGUCGAAUUCUACUUCAUGCUGGAGCUGGAGAAACGGAACCCGGAUUUGCGCAAGAUCCUGCUGCGCCAAGGUGAAUUGAUCACCAUCAUCUCGAGCAUCAGCAAGGACAUUCGGUUUAGCAGGACCAACCGUCUACAAAAGAUAGAGAUGCUUAAGAAGACUCUAGCUGACCCGAAGAACGACCUCGUGAAGAUCGAUCCACCAAUCCCGCUCCCCCUGGAUCCAGAGGUUGAAGUGUGUGGCGUGUAUCCUGAUGAAGCAAAUGUCUUCAAGUCGUCCUUGUCGCCACUAUACCUCAAUUUCAAGGUUGCCAGCGCCUCAGAUGGAUCCAGCACAUCCGCACACCGUUCGCAGACGCACGGCAAAUACCCUAUCAUUUUCAAGACAGGCGAUGAUCUCCGACAAGAUCAACUUGUCAUCCAGAUCAUCACACUCAUGAACAACCUCCUCCUCAAGGAGAACCUCGACCUGAAGCUCACGCCAUAUCGCAUCCUGGCGACAUCACCUUCCGCAGGUGCCGUUCAGUUCAUCCCGUCGAUGCCCAUCUCUGCAGUCUCUACAAAGUACAAGGGCUCUGUGCUAGCCUACCUGCGAGCCAACAAUCCCGACGCAUCCGGACCUCUCGGUGUGCGCAAGGAAACCAUGGACACGUACAUCCGCUCGUGCGCCGGAUACUGUGUGAUCACGUACAUCCUGGGCGUGGGAGACCGUCACUUGGACAAUCUCCUCCUCCAACCCUCGGGCCACUUCUUCCACAUCGACUUUGGCUUUAUUCUCGGCCGUGACCCAAAACCGUUUGCCCCGCUGAUAAAACUCUGCAAGGAAAUGGUGGAAGGCUUGGGCGGAACGACGUCGCCGCAGUACGCCCAAUUCAAGCAGUAUUGUUUCACGGCGUACACGACGCUGCGGAAAUCCAGCUCCUUAGUGCUAAACCUGUUUAGUCUCAUGGUUCAAAGUUCCGUGACGGAUAUUAGACUGAUGGAAGAGCAGAUGGGAGGCAUGGGCGGAGCGGUAGGUAAGGUCAGGGAGCGGUUCAACCUGGACGUCAGUGAGGAAGAGGCGGUAAGGGCACUGGAUCAGGUGUUGGCCGACAGCGUCAAUGCCGUUUUUGGGGUGGUUAUUGAUCGACUACAUGAGUUUGUGCAGGGUUGGAGAGCGUGA